GCGCGGGAGGUGAGCGCGCUGCAGCCCCGUUCCCGGCGCAGAGGCGAAAGGGAGGGGCCAGAGGGGGCCGGGCAGUGCCGACGCUGCACGCCGGAAUCGCCGCGGCUCAGUCUCCUCCAAAACCGUCCCCGGCCCGCAAGAGCGGCGGCGAGCGCGAGCCCGACUGCGAGCUCGCGCCUCGGAGCGGGGAGGUGGAGGGAGGACAAGGCGGCGGACCAGAGCGGCGGGCCGGGCUUGGGCACCCGCCGUGUGCGCGUCCUCCUCGAAGAUCCCGCAUAAAUGACAAAACUAUUCCCUGUGAAGGAUCAGAAUCCCUGAUUGUGGAAGUGCCCACAAGGACAUUUAACUGUAAAGUGAGGAAAAGUAUGAAAGAAUCAUCUGGUUGACUAUCAAGUUUAAAGACCACCACAUCCAUCAGAGGACCCAGAAUGGCUCAGCAUCAAAGUACCGCCAUCACCUUCCUUGAGAAUUGGUGUUUGGAUGAGUCACCGUCUGGUUUCAGAAGACAUUAUAAUGUCAGGAAAAAACUGAAGUUAAUUCGAAUCAUAGGUCUUUUCAUGGGCCUGGUAGCCGUUAGCACUGUCCCAUUUUCAAUCAGUGCCUUUUCUGAGACAGAAACACAGAGCACAGGAGAGGUCCAUGGAGUACGUGGUCCUGACAUAGCACAUGGUUACCGUAAAAGAACUCUCUUAGACUUAAAUGACAAGAUACGGGAUUACACUCCACAGCCACUUCUUUUUCAGGAAGACAAAUCUGAGAAUAGUACAGAUCAUGCCCAAGGAGACUACCCAAAAGACAUCUUUUCCCUUGAGGAGCGAAGAAAAGGCGCUAUCAUUCUCCAUGUCAUUGGAAUGAUCUACAUGUUCAUAGCCUUAGCCAUUGUCUGUGAUGAGUUCUUUGUUCCUUCUUUGACUGUCAUCACAGAAAAACUGGGCAUCUCUGAUGACGUGGCUGGGGCCACAUUUAUGGCAGCAGGGGGCUCAGCCCCAGAACUCUUCACAUCUCUCAUAGGGGUAUUUAUUGCUCACAGCAACGUUGGCAUAGGCACAAUUGUGGGCUCGGCGGUGUUCAAUAUCCUCUUUGUUAUUGGCAUGUGUGCUCUGUUUUCUAGAGAAAUCUUAAACCUGACGUGGUGGCCGCUCUUUCGGGAUGUGUCCUUCUACAUCAUUGACUUGAUCAUGCUAAUCAUAUUUUUCCUGGAUAAUGUUAUCAUGUGGUGGGAAAGCUUGCUUCUGUUAGCAGCUUAUUUUGGCUACGUGGUUUUCAUGAAAUUCAACGUCCAAGUAGAAAGAAGGGUGAAGCAAAUGAUAAAUCGCAAUAAAGUUGUCAAAGUGACAGCACCAGAAGACCAAGCAAAGUCAUCUACAGCCAGAGAUAAGGACGAACAGGCUCUACCGGCUAAGCCGCGUCUCCAGCGAGGCGGGAGCUCUGCCUCCCUUCACAACAGUCUCAUGAGGAAUAGCAUCUUCCAGCUCAUGAUACACACCCUUGACCCGCUUGCUGAAGAACUUGGAUCAUAUGGAAAACUAAAAUAUUAUGACACAAUGACUGAAGAAGGGCGGUUCAGAGAAAAGGCUUCCAUUCUCCACAAGAUCGCCAAGAAGAAAUGCCCAGUAGAUGAGAACGAGAGGCAGAAUGGGGCUGCCAAUCACGUGGAAAAAAUUGAGCUCCCAAACAGCACCAGCACUGAAGUUGAAAUGACACCACCUAGUGAUGCUUCGGAACCUGUACAAAAUGGAAAUCUCUCCCACAACAUUGAAGCGGCGGAAGUCCAGGUUGCACUGACUCCUUCAAUGUCUGAAACAGCCACCAAAUCCACCAUGUGGGAUCUAGGAGCCAUGUGUUUUAGUUUCCGACUUUCCAUAUCAGAGAUCAAGGCCUCUGAGCACUGUUGGCCCAGGCUUUGCACAAUGCAAACCACAGAGACGGGUGAGGAGGAGGAGGACCAGCCCCUGAGCCUGGCCUGGCCCUCCAAUGCCCGCAAGCAAGUCACAUUCCUGAUUGUUCUCCCCAUAGUGUUCCCUCUCUGGGUUACCUUACCUGAUGUUCGCAAACCUUCAUCAAGGAAGUUUUUUCCCAUUACGUUCUUCGGCUCCAUCACCUGGAUUGCAAUAUUCUCUUACUUGAUGGUCUGGUGGGCACACCAGGUUGGAGAGACGAUUGGCAUCAGUGAGGAGAUUAUGGGCCUGACUAUCUUGGCCGCCGGGACCUCCAUCCCUGAUCUCAUCACCAGUGUCAUAGUGGCCCGGAAGGGGCUGGGGGACAUGGCCGUGUCCAGCUCUGUUGGAAGCAACAUUUUUGACAUCACUGUAGGGCUCCCGCUGCCCUGGCUCCUGUACACCAUCAUUCACAGAUUCCAUCCAGUGACCGUCAGCAGCAACGGCCUCUUCUGUGCCAUCGUCCUCCUCUUCAUCAUGCUGCUCUUCGUCAUUCUCUCCAUCGCCUUCUGCAAGUGGAAGAUGAACAAAGUGCUGGGCUUCAUCAUGUUCGGCCUCUACUUUGUGUUCCUGGUGGUCAGUGUCCUCUUAGAAGACAGAAUUCUCAUGUGCCCUGUCUCCAUCUAGCAGAAAAAGCCAUAUCUUGAACCGACAGAAUGGAUGGUCCCCUCUCCCACUCUGGGCUCUAGGCGCCUUGACCUCUUGAGAAGAGGCAGUGGCACAGGGCCCUGGGCGUUUCGAGUGUCCCUUCUAGGUGGAUUUGAGGAGGGACAGAUGCACACAGAGCCCAUUCACCUCAAAGGCUGCUUCCACCCUUGCCUACCAAAACAGCUGCAUGUAAGAGACAAAGAGAUCCGUCAUUCUGGGGCUUCUCUCCAUUCACCACUGACAGGUACUCCUCGCUGGUCGGAGGUACAUUUGUUGUAAUAAAGCAAACACUGAUGGAGGCUAUAUAUAUAUAUAUAUAUAAAAUAUAUAUACAUAUUAUAAAUACACACACAUGAAAACACACACCUGCCUGUUUCUGUACUAUACCUCUCCUUCCACACCCAUAGAUUAAUAUAUACCUGUAUACAGACACAAAGAAAUAAAUUAUAUAUAUAUUUAUAUAUAUAUAUAUGCACACACACAAAUGCAUCUUUUCAGGGAUAGCUCUAGUAUAUUUAUAUAGUACCUAUUUGAAGGGGGGGCAUCAACCUUCAGUCUGGGUUUUACCUCUUACAUGCAAGAGGUACAGUAAUGGAACCGAUGGGCAGUGGUAGCACUGCUGUGACUUUCAGCCUACAUUGGACUUACUGGCGUGCUGUCUGGUAAGGUUGAGGGUUAAGCAAAAUGGGUUGCAGGGGACGGCUUGGUGGAGAGGGUCUGUAGGAACCCCGAGUUGAGCCCUCUAAAACACAAGCCAAACAGGUAGACUACCUGCCCACCCCCACUGGGUACACUGACCAUUUGAAACCCAUAGGAUUACUUGGGACAAACAGAGGUAAAACCCAGGCUGGGUACUGGUUCAGGGGCAGGGGAAAGGUGACCAGGUUGGUUUAUUUUUCUUAUAUUGCCCCAGCAUGCAAGUAGAAAAAUAUGACUGCAAACUAAAUUAGUGCUAUUCUAGGACAGCAAGACUAUAUAAACUGAACCUGUAUUGUUCUAAUGCAUGUCCCAUUAUCAUCAAAAGAAGGGGAUAAAUUUAACUGUGAUUGUCACUUAGAUGUAUUUUGAUGCUAAGAGUGCUCAUUUAGUCAAAAUGCCCACUGAGAGAGCCAAGAGGUGUGAUAAGGAAUAGCAUCCAGUAGAGGGGUUCAGUGGGGCUUGCCACCCAUGAGAAUGUAAGGGCAUGGUUCUUUAAAGCAUCUUCCAGUGCCGUCAUAAAGGGCUUCAGUGGAGGAAUUCAAUACCCUCUCACAGAUCUAAUCAUGAUCAAUGAUGCUUGGGGUGAGGCAGUUUAGAGAUGUUUAGGAAGGCAUUUGUGCACACAGCACACCUCAGGAAGAUUUCUGAGUCCUGUGUCAGGUCGUGCCAGGACCAGUAUUUGGUUAAAGUCCAUGCAACAUCGGUGUCUCUACUUCCAUCAGGACACCAUGAGGGACUCUUUCUAGCUUACAUAGUGUGCUGAAGAGUCUACUGGCCAGUCUCUCCAAGAUUUUGAUUUCCCUUUUUUUGCUGAGCAUUACAUGGUAUAUUGCAUUUCAUUCAUCCAGUAGCCCCUAGUUCUUUUUGAUACCUUGUGUGAUUUUUCAGCUCUUAUAUCAGUAGAAAGUAAAAAUAACAGGAAAAGAAGGCAAACUAAACUGAUGAAAAAUAUGUAGACUUUAUCUCAAUUCAUAUUUUCAUUAAUACCAAUUAAAAGAGUAAAAGAUUUAAUUAAAAGAUUUAAUAAGGGCUGGUCCGUUACUCUGUGCCUGUCCUACACUUGGGUUGGCAACCACCACAUAUGGGGAAAUACACCAUAGAUUAUCUUGUCUCCAGUCUAUCCCAUCACGAUGCCUGCAUGACUUUGUUGUGAGCAUGCACCUCGUAGCACAGGGAGAGAGGGCGCCGAACUCCCAGCUGAAUAAAGAGGAAGGGAGACCUGACAGUCCCAGAUCAAGCUUAGUAUUCCUUCCAGAAAGCCUCAUCUGACUCCACAGAGCAGGCAGUAACAGGCAGUGCCCACCAUAGCUCUUCAUAGACUAGCAGAAGCACGUCCACGUGGAGGGCCUUUGAGAAAACAAGAAAUCAAAAGGGCCGCCACCUAGGAGCCUAGCUUUCAAGUCUCUCCAACCUUGCAAAGCUGGGUUUUCAGAUGUGUGAGAGGAUCCUGCAUCGGUUCACCAAGGGCAGGAUUUUGUAAGGAGGCUAGAAUUUGUGCUAGCUCCUUCGAGUGAAAGAGAAUGAGUAAGUGAACUUUUAAAAACUUUGCUCCCCUUUAGUAAUGUACUGGGAAAACAGUUAUUGUAUAAAAAUAUAUUAUUGACUGAUUUGUAAGUUGAAACGGUGGUGUAAAUGGAUGACUUUGACUCAACUGCAGGUAGGCUAGGUAAAACAAGAAAAGUUGAGCGCAGUUCACUGCCACCACCCUGUUCUUUUUCUGGUGCUCCUGACCCUCCCCACUGCCUCCCACUCCUCCCCAUUCAUUCUCAGCUCACAGUAAAUACUGAUCCGGACAGCAGUGGAGCACUUUACCCCCCUGGGAGCUCCACUUCACAGGAUUGUUGUGGUCAUUAAUGAAAAGCUGCAUUUGAGAAGAUAAUGUUUUCAAGCCUAGUUCCCACCUCAGUGAUGUGCAGUGAGCAUAACCUCCAGCAGCUGUGCUCCUGUGAUAUCUGAUAUGCAGACACCUUCUCCCUUCUACUGCUUGCCCUUUCUUUUCCCUCAUUUAGGUUUCAUGAGUGUGGUUAUAUAUUGGGCCAGGGUAAUUUAGAGAGCAAUGUAUAGAAUGCAGCCGUGGGUCUCUGAAAGCAUUCAAAUCUUUGACAUAAUUAUAAGAAAGAAAUUCCAGAUCAUGGUUUCCUGAGGGAGUCAAAUCCAGCCCCUUCCCUGCAUGCCUGAGUACAUAUACAUAUAAAUAUAUACGUCUUUAUCCCGAGUCCAUAUGUCCAGACACAGUAUCACUUACAUCACCCCCUAAGCCAAUCACAUGCAGGGUUCAAAAGCAGGGAGCAUCAAGUUUGCCAAACUCAAGGAAGAGGAAAGUCAUGCAUACCAACAACCAAAGGGAGCAGUUCCUCCUGACAUCAUAAGGUUGUUCUGUUCUGUGCACAUGUACAUAGAAACAUACAUUUGCAUCUGUUUUCACACCCCAAGAAAUAUUGAUUUAUAGCCUUAAGGAACUGAUCAGCCAUAUUCCUAAAGCUGAUGUUGAGGCAGAGAAUAUACAACAGAAAAUUUCAGAAAAAAAAAUUUAAUCCAGAUAACUCUCCUUCAGUGCCAUGGAGCAGGAUAUAAAAAUAAUAACAUUCAAGAAUGAACAGUUUACUGCUCCUGCUCAACCUAAAAUAAAUAAGCUGUAUCCAAAUGGUUCCAUUUCCCCCUAGCAAACCAAGCAGGUCUUGCUUGCUGUUACUUCCUCUGUAGCCCCAGAUAGCCCCAGGAUGAGAGAGCAACUUGGCAGAGACCAACAGUGUCCGAAUAGAACCUUCUAAAUCGGGUCUGAGAAUGCCCACCCUAAGUUCAGCUGCCCUCUGAACCCGACUGAUUCUGAUGAACUAGAAAUUGGAGAUUAGAUGGUGUUCCUGCAGCUUCCCAAGACCUAAACGGAGUCAAACAAUGACAGAUUGGGAAAGCAGAGUGCAUGUGCAGGGACUAAGAGAAAGUGUUAGUUAUCAACUUGGCAAAUGCAGCAGAACAUCCUAAAAGCCUUGCCCAGAAGCUUACAUAAAGAGGCAGGGACUAUUUCAUUUUCAGGGAAAAUGCUUUGUAAGGCUUCUAACAGGUGUCACCUGUCAGAGGACAUUAUAAUUUAUUUUAUAGGGAAGGCAUGAAUCAGGUAUUUUGGAGCCUUCCCAUCAAAACACAGCUGCCUCACUGAUUAGACCCUCGAAAAUAUUAAUGUACAUCCAUUCCUGAACAGGGAGGGAAUUGGCAGACUCCCCACCACUGCUCAGAGCUCUUCAAGUCCUAUGUAACAGUGACGCCAAGAUGAACUGUAAACACCCCCGCCCCCACCCACCCUAGCAGAACGCCAACCAAAGACAUAGGCUAGAGCUGCUGGACGGACAGCAGGCGUCCAUCCCCUCCAAUUGUUCUAAGUGCUGAAAUUACUGGGUUGGAAUAUCUAACAUGGGUUUGAUGGCCUGUCUAAAUACAAGCAUUCCUGAAAUUCAGGGUGCUUGCUUCCCCACACUCCUCCACACGCAUCUGCGCACAAGUGCCCACGAUUACGAGGAUGCUGUGCUUCCUCGCACCUGGGCAGACUGUCACUCAAAUAAUUAAGUAGCCAUGUUAUCGGUGGCAGCUCUAUUCCAGAAGAAAUAAGGGCAACUGUUCUCAGGGUGAUUUCUGGAAAAACCGACUGUCUCCUAAAAGCUUUCUGUAGAAGCAGAAGCUCAUUCCCACUAAGCCAGCUCUUAAUGGUUUAAUAUUUUUAAAAGAAACAUCCUUAACCCCUAUACCUCCCUGAGCAAUGUUGACUUCAGUUAGCAGGUGAGGGUUUGUCAUUAAAAGAGUUGGUGAAAAACUAAUAAGGCUGGGAAAGAAAGGAGAAAUUAGUUUACUUUUACGAGGGUUCUCAAGAAAGCAAGUGUCACAUUGAAGUAUAUCCCUAUAUUAUUUGAGACACAUAGUUAGAAAUACCAGGGUUUUUUUGUUUUUUUUUUUUUUUUUAGCUUUUACAAAAGCUCAUCUGUAGUCCUAGAUAAAAAUUUCCCCUUAUCAAGAAGGUCUUGACAACCUGCCUCUUCUUGUGUUUCUUUUUUAAUCUUGUAGCCUUCAUGUUCUUUGAAAUUUAUAGCAAACAAGAAAAGCAAUAAAGGAAAUACCCUCAGCCAACUAAACUCCAUUAUUUAUUACUACAUCAUCAAAAUACAUUUUUCACUUCACAGGGUGCUUUGCAACUGCACAGGCUGUGGCAUAUAAUCAUUUUACACACCUCCCUCACACAGUGGAGAUUUGCCUUGCUCAGAACAACCUGAAAUUCCACAGAGGUCUUUAAUCUGACUAAUGACGGUUUUCUUAAUAGAGCUACUAAGGACAAACAUCUACAAGACAGCCUGCUUUUAGAGACAAGACCUGCAAUUAUGACUGGAUAGAAAACUAUGUUCAAAUUAGUCUACACAUAGUAAGCAACUGUAUGGAAAUACCAAGUCAUUUAAGCCAAAGCACUUUCACUCAAUGAUUGGCAGAGUGGGAAACCUAAAAGUUUUUUUUUUUUUAAUUUUAUUUUAAAAACAGAUAAAUGCCUAAAUCUAACCGAGUGCCAUGGAGUUUUCGUAGGCUCCCAGCAAAGGUUUAAUUUCGUUGAAAGUUUCUCAAAGGACAACCCUUUCUUAAGAAAGGCAUCCCAGCCCAAUGUUCCUAGGGUAACCCAAUUCAAAGUUUAACAACCAUCAGUGUCAGAAAAGUCUCCGGAGCUUUAGAUUUUUAUUUCUGAGUCGUUUUUUUCUCUAACUGUCCUAGUAAUUUUUACAGCUCUUCUCUACUAAGCUUUUUUAAAUGCUUUGUGUUGCUCUUAAAUCAUGAAACCUAUGACUACUCAUGUCCCAAGUAUAAGAUCUGAGCAAUGCUGAAUUGCAGCCUCCACCCUAAUGUGUUGCUCCCAUUUUAUGCACCCCUCUGCCUUUCUUUGAAAAAGUCACACUUUAUUGCCCAUUGACGUUUAUCUUGUGUUCCCUAUAACCCCUGCAUCUUUCUUCAAAGAUGUGGAUGAAGUCAAUAGAUUUCCUGGCCUGUCCCCCUUUAUUUGCAAAGGUGUCUUGCCUACUAUGAGCCACUUUCCACUUGGCCUUACAGAGUUUCGGUCUGUUUAUUCCUAACCCCACACCCAGUGUCUAGUCCAGGUUGCAGCCCAGUGCUGGCUCCCCUGCAAGGUCCUCACACCAUCCUCUCCAGUUUCCUUUCAUUUGGCAAGUUUAGUGAGCAUUUUCUCCAAUUCCUCAUUAAUGUGAAUAUUCAAAACUACUAAACCUUUGCCUGUUUUGUAUAACUGCCUAAUUCUUUGGGGAGAAUCCCUCCUAAUUGCUACUAAACCGUGGACAGAAUUCACAACUGCAAGAGAAUAGAGUAGCUGAACUACCUUAAGAGCACUAGUAGGCCUUGAAUCUAGCAAGCACCAACAGACAUUUAUCCUCUGGUAAAAAGCAAGAACAAUGGGCACAAGAUUAGCAUGGGGCCCUGGUGAGGUCAAGCUUGAGCUUUGUUUUUAAGGUCGAAGUCCCAAACUCACAAAGAACUCAGAAUGGGGGAGACACCAGUGUAGAGCAUUCAGAAACUCUGGACGUGCACUUCCCUGCAUUGAUCUACCAAGAGGACUUUAUAUUUUCCCUUUAAGUAGGAAAUAGAGCAAAUGGUUGGGCCUCCUCUCAUCAACCAGUGUCACAGUGUUUAUACUUCCUUGAGUGGUAGGUUCCAUAGGAAUUAUAAAGUUGCUGGUGGGUGUCCUGGCCCACAAAAAUGGGUUACAGUUCACUAAAAGGCUGGAAAUUUCCUCUUGCAUUUUCACACAUUGGGUUGCAUAAUCCUUUAUAAUGGAUCUCUAAGUAACUAAGGUCUUGGGACUGCCAAUGCUCUAAAACACUCUGCAAAAAAAGACUUUUUUUAAUCAUGUCACCAAAAAAAAAAAAAAUGAAUGAGUGAAAUCUCAAUCACUGAAUAAAAUAAUUAAGGAUAAGAUUAGUUACAUGAAUUAAGAGUAGAUAAUUCCUUAUCAUUUAAUUAAAUGACUCUCCAAUUCUUCUCAUCAGGAUGAAACUGAGGGACAAUGGAUGCCUUUUGGGUUUUUUAAUUUUUUAAUAUUGCACUAUAUAGGACUUCAUAAGAGACAAUUGUCUUAAUUAAAGCCAUAAAAUACCAAUAAUACAUAUAUUCAGGAUUUCUGAAUAUAGUCAAUCAAGAAGCAGUCCAUGAGUCAUUCCUGUUUCGUAUUGUUUAUUGUAAAUUGGUGUUUAUCUGUUCUAUUUUUUAUUACAUACAAUUAUUGUUCUAGACAAUCCUAGACUGAUAAAUUUAGAUGUGUACUUUAAUAAAACUGAAAAUCAAAGCUUAUUCAUUUCACAAAAGCAUUCUUCACUUCCAAAAUAGCUUAUUACAUAGUUCUUUUAAACAGCAAGUUCAUAUGCUACUUUGAAAAUAUUUCUUUUAAAAUUAUAGAUUCACUAUUUUUUCAGGAAUCCAUUUGUUAUGUAAAACAAGGUUCACCCAAAUGGAAAGAGAAAUGGAACAUUAGCAAAUAUAUACCUGAGAAAUUUAGGGUGUGUUUAAGUUUUUAUAUAAAUAUAGCAUGGGUCUAAGAAGUUCCCUUAUAAAAAUGGCAAAUAGAGAAACACCAUUUGUCAAUAACUUCUUACAUCUAAUAUAAUUUAUAGACCUCACUAGGGAGCACAAGUAAAACAGCCUACUUCUUAUGAAAUGCAUUGUUUUUUUCCUUCUGCUAAAAUAGUUUGACUUGUAUGGUAGAUUGCUUACAUACACGAAUCACUUGUACACACAGAUGUCUCCAGAACUAAAAACAUUAACAUUUUUCUCAUCACAACUUUUUCUAUAAUUUAAGUGAACUCCAAAUUACCGUACUAAAAGGUCAUAGCCUGGAAGUAUCCACCACAACUGGGUACCUAAACUAUGUAGAGUAAACACAUGUGUUAAGUUGGAGAUAACCCCAUUAAUGGUCAUUUAAUGGUCAUUUGCCUUAAAGAAAAGGGGUCUCGAAGCAGGGCCAGAGAGUUCCCACUGUUGGCGGCUGCUUCUGAUUCUGGAGAAUAUCUCCAAAGGGCAGAGACUCUCCAUCUGGAAGAGGGUGCCUCUGGUAGCACAUUUCCCUGCUGAAUGCUUUUGUUCUUUGCCUUUUGUUAAAACAGAGAAAAUGUUAAAACUAGGACCCCAACAUAGGCAUUUUCCCUAUAACACGUAAAAUGUCUUUUGGAUAGGUUACAUUAAAGUUAACAGAGGCCAUUUUUAUAAAGGAUCUUUUUAGGGAUAGACAUGGUCUCAUGCUUCUUUUGUCUCCAUUUUAAAGAAGCAUUUUUAAACCACACCCCACCCCCAUCUUUACCCCUCAAGAAUCCAACUGAUGUACAUCCAAAUGAAUUUUGUCAUUGUGUGUGUGUUUUAUUUAUUAUGACCAGUUUUCACCAGAUGACAAGAUGUACGGAGGUACCGUGUCAGUUUAUUCUGUGACUACGUCUGUGCAUAGACGGAAAACACUAUUUGUAUAUAGGCUGUUUGGAGUGAUGUAUUUCUGUCACACGGACUUCACUCUGAUAAAGGGCGUUUCUUCACUGUGUUCAGUUUUUGCACUUUCCACACCUUUGUGCUUCUACUACUGACAAUAAACUCAUAGAAUAUCACUUUAUGUAACUAAGUCUCAGUGUGAAAAAUAAUACUAAUAAAAUUGACUCAAAAGAAA